AUGGAGAGUUACUUUGAAAAAGGACUGAUUACGCUAAUCCAGCAGGAGGACAUGAUCUACAACUACGGCAACGUGAACUAUCGCAAUGCCAAGCUCAAGAUGGAGGUUUGGGAGGAAAUCGCCAGAAAGCUGAAGAAGUCGGUUAAACAGUGUCGGCUGAAGUGGAAGGCUCUAAGGGACCAAUAUGCACGAGAGCACAAGCGACUAAGGACACUGAUGCACAUAGAGGCCACUUCGCGUUGGAAGCACUAUGACUCGCUCAGUUUUCUGCAAAAGUACAUGAAACAAAAGACGCUGGAGACGCUGGAGAACUACAUCAAUGGGGAUGCACAUCAUGAUGAUGAGGAGGAAGAUGACGAGGACGAGGAGAUGGAAACCACAACGGCGGCGGAACAAACUCCUCAGCAGCAAGAGCAGCAUGUAAUGACUUAUGAUCACGACGAUGGAGAGGAUGAUGAAAUUGGUGCGUUUUUCAAGACAGUGGCCAUGAAGAUACGAAAUGCUCAGCUGGAGCCGGUGGCUUUCACCGAACUGCAAAUUGAAAUUCUGCGUGUCAUUAACGAGGCACUGAGGAACCACUAG